AUGAAGUCUUUUAGAUCAAAAGGACAUAACAAGAUAGAAUUUCCUCCUUUACAAUCAUCUAAUUCAUUUGAUAAUCAGUUAGAUUCUAUUGAUUCAUUUAUUCAAUCAGAUAAAAUUAAUAAAAAUGAAAAAAAAUUAUAUGAAAUAGAAUUAUUAGUACAUUCUUAUGAAUGGUAUUCAUUGUUAACUUCAGGUGAAUUGAAACAAAUUGAUUCUGUUGAUAUGGGAAAGUUGAGAAAAACUUUAGUUUCAAAUCUUCAGGUUGCUCAACUACGUAGAUACUUACCAUUAUAUGAGAAAAAAUAUGACCAAAAUGAAUAA